GCAACGAACCCCCGACAUAGAAGCACGUCAGCAUGUGGCACAACCGGAGAAAGUAGGAAAAACAAACGGAGUAGAGGAAAAGCCCAAAAAAACGAACGACGGCCAGGGAAAAAUGCCAAAAAACCUGGUGGAAAAGUUCCUAACCAUUCUGUUGAGACGCAAGGAGUGCUAGGAUCAAGUGUUUGUCCAUCAAGAUGAUGUCUGAAUACUGGAUUAUCUCGGCCCCUGGCGACAAGACCUGCCAGCAGACAUACGACACGAUGAACAACCUGACCAGCAAGCAACACAACCUGUGCAACAACUACAAGUUCCAUAUUCCAGAUCUUAAGGUGGGCACCCUCGACCAACUGGUGGGCCUCUCCGACGAUCUGGGCAAACUGGACACCUAUGUGGAGCAGAUCACCCGCAAGGUGGCCAACUACCUGGGCGAGGUGCUCGAGGAUCAGCGGGACAAGCUGCACGAGAACCUGAUGGCCAACAACAGUCCUGGGCCACCCGACGACAGCAUGCCGUGUCGCCACCACCAGCGCAUCAAGCAUCUCAGCCUGCGACACCAGCGAAAACACCAGCACACGCACCACCAAAACAAACCCCAACACUACCAUCACCACCACCAUCACCACCAGCUGCCGCAGGAUCUCAAGGGUAAAUCCGCAGCCACCUGUUCUCCCGGCACUCCUCCUGCGCCUGCGUCUGCACCACCCAAUCUUCCGCCUGCCUGUGCCUGCGAUGUCCUUGCGCCAGGAUCCCUAACCGGCGGCAGCCUGACUAACCUGUCCACGGGUCACGAGCCGGAGACGGAGCCGGAGUUCGACGCCUGUCCGUGCGAUGAGUGCUUCGCCUGUGCCCCGCCCAGCACAAGUGCCACGGCCAGCACGCUGCUGGCGGAUGAGUGCUACUCCCAGACGGCCUCCUCCAUGCUCAGUGCCACCCGGUGUGCACUGUCCACGGUGGCGGCGAUAGCCACUGGGAGCGGUUUGGGCAAUGGCCCGAGCACCAGUGCCGCGGCCGCUGCAGCUGCAUCCAACUCCUCCGGCGGCGGCGGUGGAGGAGGUCCCGCCUCCUGCUCGACGCUCUGCUCCUCGGCAUACUUCUCCACGUCGGCGCCCACGACCAGCAGCUCGGUGCACAGCAGCAUGUCCCGCUCUAACAGCAAGCGGCUGAAUAACAACACUUGCAGCAUCAACAAUAACAAGCUCAGCUUCCGCAGCGGCAGCCAUGUGAGCCAGCUGCAUUUGGCCACGCAGCAAACGCAGCAUCAUCAUUCGCAUUCGCAUCAGCAACCGCAUACCAAUCCGCUGCAGUCGCCCGCACAAAAGUCCAUGUCGGAGGACGAGGGCGAUGCGUCAAAUGCCCCCGAAGAUGGGGAAACGGACGAGGACCCCAAGAGUCCGCACAGUGUGCAGUCCGAUCUGUCGGACGCCUUCGACUGGUGGUUCAAUAAGCCCAAGCGUAACUCUAAGAAGAGCAGUGCACAACAGCAACACGAGACAGCACAGCUGCAACACCAACAGACGACACAGCAACAUGCAACACCACUGACCCCACAGAACCACAAUCAAUACCAAAACCAAUACCAAAACCAACACCUAUCCAAAGCAAUGACAUUUUGGCAUCAAGCAUCGACCACACCGCGCUCUAGUUAUCGCUCUUUCUUCAAUUCUCUUGCCGAUCAAAUUUAUAGCAAACGUUCUACACCGAGUCAAUUAAAUAUAAACAAUGGAUUUAAUUUAACACCAACACAUAGAUCGUCUCCAGUGAGUAGUUGUUGUGGCAGUAGUAGCCAGGGGCGAUCCAGUCCGGACACGGAUCCCGCCGAGCCGCCCGAGUUUCCGCUGAGUCCAGCCGAACUACCCCAGUACUUGACCCGCUUCCAAUGGGACAUGGCCAAGUAUCCGAUUAAGCAGUCGCUGCGCAACAUCGCUGACAUUAUCUCCAAGCAGAUCGGUCAGAUCGAUGGCGAUUUGAAGACCAAGUCGCAGGCCUAUAACAACCUCAAGGGAAAUCUGCAGAACCUGGAAAAGAAGAAGACUGGCAGUCUGCUGACCAGGAAUCUGGCUGAUUUGGUGAAGAAGGAGCACUUCAUCCUGGACUCGGAGUACCUGACCACCCUGCUGGUCAUUGUACCCAAGGUCAUGGCUAAUGACUGGCUGACCAACUACGAGAAGAUCACCGACAUGAUCGUGCCCCGCUCGUCGCAGCUCAUCCAGGAGGACGCCGACUACUGCCUGUUCAACGUGACGCUCUUCAAGAAGGUGGCUGAGGAGUUCAAGCUGCACGCCCGCGAGCGCAAGUUCAUUGUGCGCGACUUUGUAUACAAUGAGGAGGAGCUGGCUGCUGGCAAGAACGAGAUGACCAAGCUGAUGACGGACAAGAAGAAGCAGUUUGGUCCUCUGGUUCGUUGGCUGAAGGUGAACUUCAGCGAGGCCUUCUGCGCCCUCAUCCACGUCAAGGCGCUGCGCGUGUUUGUGGAAUCCGUGCUGAGAUACGGACUGCCUGUUAACUUCCAGGCCAUCUUGAUCGAGCCCAACAAGAAGAGCGUGAAGCGUCUGCGCGAUGUGCUCAACCAGCUGUAUGGUCACUUGGAUGGCGCCUCCGCCGGCGGUGCUGUCAGCAGUGCUGAUAACGUAGACAUCCCCGGCCUGGGCUUUGGCCAGUCCGAAUACUUCCCCUAUGUGUUCUACAAGGUCAACAUCGAUAUGGUGGAGCAGGCCAAGGUCUAAGAUCGCCCGUCGCCCCCAACAUUGCAUACAUCCAGCCACACAAAAUACACUUUAAUACAAAAAAAAAAACAACCAACUUAAAAAUCAGCUGAACCAUUCGCAGACAUCUAAUGAAACAAAAUUAAUAGAUUACUUUAAAUAAUUUUAGUCAUUGUUAUCUAAUUAUUGUUGUUAUUUAUGUUGCGCGUUGCCGAUAUCUGUUUGAAAUCUACUUCCGGUUCGAGAAAGCGAGGCGCGCCUAAAUCAACCGAAAUAAGUCCUUAAAGAAAAAAAAGAAAACUUUUGCAAUAAUCCCAGAUCUUGUGGAACUUUCCGAUUGUUCUUUUGUCCCCCCUUCAGUUAGCAAAGCAGUAUUUUAUGUUUUUCUUAUGCCUUAUAUAUGUUUAUGAUAUGAUGGAAGACCAGAGUGUUUAACCCGCAGCCAAAUUUACAUGCAUUCUCCUUUUUUGUUCGUUUUUUGGUAGCUAUACAAUAAACAUUUGAGUUACAUUUUGUUUUACAACAUUUUCGUCUCGUUUCGUGCUUGUGCUCCACCACUUGGUAUCUGUAUCCGUGACUAACAGCCAACAUACAAACAACAUGCCCAAAAUAAAUUUAAGCCCAAAAAUGGUGUCGCAAAUCGCAAACCGAACGUGCCCACGGAGCUAAUUGUGCUAACAAAUUUCCGAUGCUAUGGUACGUUUCGACUAAAGACAAACUAAUAACCAACGGAAGUAUUGUAUUUAUAUAAAUGUUGCCUAGAGAUAUCGAUCGAAAAUCUAUAAGCAAAAAAAUCUGCGCGCUGUUUGCAUACAUUAAUCGCUGAGAAGAUCCGCUCGAGCCUGUUUGGUUAACCCGGCGUGUGCGUUAGUUAACCCCAUAAAACCCAAAAAAAAAAAAAAAA